AUGCGCAAUACCACGGAACGGGGUCCCGGCCACAAUUUCUGGAACCUCCUGUCCUAUUUCUGGACGGAAGAACAUGUCAACUCGUGGUAUGAAUCUGUGUUUCCAAGAGGAACAGAGGUCGUGGAAAAUCUUCUCUGCCUCGCGCCCCAGAUGCAUAGAUACCAUGGAAGCUCACUCUUUGCACUAAAACCUAUCCAUAUCUCCGAUGAUAAGAAGCGUUUAUUAGCCAAGUUUUACUGGCUUACAAGCCACCAAAAGUCAGAUUCCGUCGAUAUAUCUACAGUCCCAACCCUGCCAUCCAACCUCACUGGCCGAGGCGACAUGCAUAAGGCAUGGAAUAUUGUUACGGAAAAGAAGAUCAUCUCAGGGGAUGAGAUUGUCUUCGAGACAAGUGAUCCAGAGAACUUACCCUUGCCCGACUGGAAUCUCCUGGAUAUGCAGUGGACUUUACAGCGUGUUGCAGCACUAACUGGCGCCGCCGAUAUGCUUCUGGAUGACUCUGAAGACGAUGACAGCGACGAUGGUGGCAUCGAAUGGGAUGAAGGGCCCACCGUUUAUAGCCAGGAGGUAUGGGAGGAGGAUCGUGCGGGUCUUCGUGACGCUCUUUUUAACCCCCCUCCCAUUCCUCAGACCAAAAUAAUGGGACAUGCGUGACUUCCUUCGCUUGUUAUUUGUCGCCCUUAAUAUUCUUCCUCCUCUGUCAUCCCUCUGCUGAUUUCAAGCCUUUGUAUGAUAACAAGUUAUGAUUGCCUGCUUUUUUUUUUCUUUCUGUUUUGUGAGACUGAGAUACGACAAAUGGAUUCAAUUGCUCAACA